GGAGAUUAACUUGGUUCAGUGUCUCUAGAGGCUGAUGAUUCCCUAAGUGCAACUGGUGCCAGGUGUGUGCAAUGGUAUGUGGGUACAGAAGGCUGCACGGGUCCGGUGAUUGAUGGUAAAUGCAGGCGCUCCAAGGAAAAAUAUCCAUUUGAAUUUUUUUGAGGGGGGUUGUAUGUUUUUAAAAGUUCUUAUUCCACUUCUUUCUGUCUUCAGAAGGAGGUAAAGCCCAAGCAAGCUACCUGAAAUCCCAUAUCUUCACCUGCUAGGACGAGUGGGUGCUGGAGGAGGAUCCUGCUCUGCAGCACAAUGCUGGAUCCCAAGCCUCACUCUGUGAGUCAGAGGUGAAUCCAGGUGAAAGUCAGCUACCACAGUAGGAGUCAGGAUGACCAAAGCACGGCUCCUCCGUCUCUCUGUGGUGCUGGUCUCCAUCUUCAUGAUCCUCCUGAUCAUUGUGUACUGGGACAACGUGGGGACAGCUCACUUCUACCUGCACAUGUCCUUCUCCAGGCCUCGUUCCCCAGGAGCCAUCCCUGGUAUCACGGCAGGUGAAGACUGGGAAGCCUUGCCAGAUGUAGAUGAAUUUUUGGCAAAGCUUCUUAGUUCGAGCCUGAGACAGAACAACUCUACCCCCCGAAAGACAGAGCAGCUCCUUGUCCAGGGCUCCAACAAGCCUGUGGUGAGUAAUUUGGAGGAGAAGGUGCGGGGCUAUGACUGGUCUACGCACAAGGACAGGAACAGCCUGGACCAAGAGAAGCUGCAGGUGGAGAGGCAGAGAACGCUGCGGGAGUUUUGUGCCAAUUCCAGCUUCACCUUUCCCACCAAGGAGCGCUCCUUUGAUGACAUCCCAAACUACGAGCUCAACCACCUGAUCGUGGAUGACCGCCACGGCAUCAUCUACUGCUACGUGCCCAAGGUGGCCUGCACCAACUGGAAACGAGUGAUGAUUGUGCUCAGUGAGAGCCUCCUGGACCAGGGCGUCCCGUACCGGAACCCUCUGGACAUCCCCCGGGAACACGUCCACAACACCAGCACCCACCUGACGUUCAACAAAUUCUGGCGCCGCUACGGGAAGUUCUCCCGGCACCUCAUGAAGAUCAAGCUGAAGAAGUACACCAAGUUCCUCUUUGUGCGGGACCCUUUUGUCCGCCUCAUCUCCGCCUUCCGCAGCAAAUUUGAGCUGGAGAACGAGGAGUUCUACCGGCGUUUCGCCAUCCCCAUGUUAAAGCUCUACUCCAACCACACCAACCUCCCCACCUCCGUUAGCGAGGCCUUCGGGGCAGGCCUCAAAGUCUCCUUUUCUGACUUCAUCCAGUACUUACUGGAUCCCAGGACAGAGAAGAUGACCCCCUUCAAUGAGCACUGGAGGCAGAUUUACCGCCUGUGCCACCCGUGCCAGAUAGACUAUGAUUUCAUUGGAAAGCUGGAGACGCUGGAUGAGGAUGCUGCUUAUUUAUUGCAGCUCCUCAAAGUGGACAGGCUGCUUCGCUUCCCACCCAGCUACAGGAACAGGACUGCCAGCAGCUGGGAAGAUAACUGGUUUGCCAAAAUCCCACUGGCUUGGAGGCAGCAGCUCUACAAGCUUUAUGAAGCAGAUUUUGUACUCUUUGGCUACCCCAAGCCAGAAAACUUGCUUAAAGACUAAAAGUGAUUGGGCAGUGGGUGUGGGAGGGAACAUCUGAAAUACCAAAAAUGUUUAAAGCCUCCUCAUUUUUGCUCUUAACUCCCUUCCCCAUACAGGUUGGUACAAUGGAAUAUAUUUUUUCUACUGCUUCCCCUUCCAUUUUUGCAAUAAUGUCAGAAUCCAGGGUAUUCCAGCCAGCUGUGCAUAUGCAAAAAAUGCCAUUUUUUUGGUUAUCAUUGGUCUUCUGUUUUUUAAAAAGUCCCCAUAUUUUGCAAUGAGUCGCUGCCCUUGGUCACUCUGCCAACUGUGUCCUUCAGUAGCUUUUUAUUAAUACUUUUUAAAAAUUAAUAUAUUUAAGAUAUUUAAUACAAAGCGUGUGUCGUGGCAAAGGAAGGGAAGGAAUAAAAAAAAAAACAGUAAAAGAAAACCCCAAGAAAUUAUGCACCUGCCUCUGUGUGUUGUCUCAGGGCUGCUGUUUUGGAGGUCUGAGGUUUGCAGAGCACUCAGAUCUCUCUGGAAGCUGGGAUGUUGGUGGUGCCUUCACCAGCCAGGUCUGCUGGUGGUCAGCUCCGAGCUGGCUCAAGGCAGAUGGGAUGGGUCAGUGCCUGACUCUGCCAAACAGUCCUGGAAGAGCGCCAGGGCUCCGGUGACGUGUGCUGCUCACAGCUGGUGAGCCUGACGCCAGGGUCACGGGAAGGAAAUAGUGCUGGGAGCAGUGACACCAAGCCUGUGAGGUGCUUCGGGACGUGCAGGUGGCCAACACAGCACCUCUGCACUGCCUCACCUUUUGGGAAAGCAGUGUGGGACUCUACUGUCCAAAAAGCUGAGGUUCAGCCCUUGUAUACCUUGCUAGUGUGGAGCAUCUCCCUUGACAUGUCCUGUUGCAGGAUGGUGCCUGACGUUUUUGGGGGUUGUGACCAGCCAGGAGGGGCAGAGUGUGCUCUUGGAUGGCCCAGCUGUCCUGGUCACUGCUGUGUGCACUGCAGGUCCCUCGAGAGCUCUGCUGUGUCCUCAUUCCUGUGCAUGCUUUAAGGGAAUGUGGCAGGGAUGCAGAUGCUUAUCCCUGGAAGAAGAUCCAAAAGGUUUCUUUCAAUAAGCAGAUGUCAAGGUGAACUCCAAGUGCGUUUGUUUUCAGCGUACCAGCUCUCGCUCGUGACACUGCAUCCUCAUCCACCGCCUUUCUGCUGAUUCCAAGUGACUGGUGCAGAUUUGAUCAUCUGCCUUGCUGGGACCUGCUGCAGGAGUGAUGGUUCCCACUGUGCCAGGAGCAUGUGGGCUGCUUCCCAAAGGAAAUUAAUGCCUUUAGAGAGACUUUUUGUGUCUCGUCAGCUGAAUCUGCUUCUCUUUUUCUUUCUGAAUUGCUCUGCAAAAACUGUCUGCUUAGCACAUUAGGCAGGCAACUCUUUCAGAGCUGAAAUGCUUUAUUUCCCUGCACUGUGGAUGGUAUUGGUGAUUAAGGUCCACGGUCAGGCCUUGGGAGGCAGCCCUGUGUUUUGGGCAGACUUCUUUAUAUUGGCCUUUUACUCAGUUCCUCUCCAAGGCCAUGAGUGGGCAUGACUUUUUCUGUCUCUCCUCGCUUCCCCAAUUUCUGUACACGUACAUCUUUUUGGCACUGCAUGCUCUUCCUAACAAAUAUGCUGCAUCAAGCUUUUUAACCUGUAAAUGAAAGGUAAUUGCUAGUAGUUCCACUUGAAACAAAGGGUUUGUUUCUCAUUGUAUUCACACUGCUCUCCUGUAAUUUCUGCAGAGACAUUUGCAGUUUAAAUGAGCCUGAAACCAUUAUCAGGGUCUUGGUGCCUAGCUCCUUACAGCUUGGGAAAAAAGGAAGUGCCUGUUUCUGAGUCAUUAUUUAAAACUAAUAAUAGAAAAGUGUUGAUCUAUUCAGUUUUUUUCCCAGUUACCAGCUAAUUGCUGCAAAACAGAAAGAUGUAGAGAAUCUCGUCUCCUGUAAUGAGUAAUCCCAGGAGUGUCUUGACUCCUGCUACAUUUACAUUUCUUCAGGGUGGGUUCAUCUCACUCUUCAAAGAUAAAGCGUGGAUGUUUUCAUCUCUUGUCUUUUCAGAGUGUUUAUUUUUUCCUCUUUUAAUUUCCAUGUAAUUGAUGUUUAGUACGAGUAGACGUGGGUGGCUGGGACCGUGGCGCAGAUGCUGCGCAAACUUCCUCCCAGCUGCUUCCCCUGCACCUCUUCAUCUGGUCCUGUCUCUUCCUGCCCCUCCGACCAGGGCUUGGCUGCUGUACCCUGGUGACACUGCAAACCAGCUGCUGCCUCCUCAGCCACAGUUGUCCUGUGAUUCAUGGCCAUGGCUCGUCCCAGGCAAGAGCCCAGGAGCAUCUUUUCAAGGCCUGGCUGUCGGUCAUCCAGGGCAGAGGAGGAAUGGGCUGCAGAGUGUUACCUUCAUUUUUGGCAGCAAGGUCCUGGUUGUGAAAUUGGCAGAAAAGGUGCAAAAUGGCUGCAAAUCCUGCCCAGCAGCUGGUGCAUGUGAUGUGGGAGUCUGUCAUCUCCACGUGGCUGCUUUGUGAUUUAACAGCAGUAGAAGUAAAAAAACCUCCUUUCCCUUGCUGACACUGGCUAGAGAGAGGAAACUGUGGACACCUUUGAAUGCUGCCUUCUCUCUCCCCAUCCAAAGCUGGAUAAAGUGGGUAAAUUCCAGAUUUAUGUGCUAAUAUGUGCUAAUGUACUGCAUCAUGCUGAAGUCCAAAUGUGUGAGGCUGCCUGCAGGCUGCCUGCAUCCCAAUGGCUUCAUCAGCCUCCCUGGAAGCUGCAGUCAGGAGAAUGUACGGGUGGAGUAAGGCCACUGAGGGCUCUGUGUUCUCUGCUUUCCCUCUUUCACCCCACCAAGCCCAGCCUUUACUGACAUCUUAGACAUUUUAGUGUUUGCAGACUCGUAUCCAUCCAGUGUGCCGGGUGCUGUUGGCUCUUUCCUCGUUUUCCAUUGCCACGCUUCAGAGCACUUGCCCGGGAGGAGCAGUAAAGCUCGGAUGGGGAGUGUGCAUCUUGCAGUGGUUGGCUUCUGGAUUCAAAAUAGCUUGUUCCUUGCUGCUCCUUCCUUUUGAAGCCCUCCUUCCCCACCCUGCCACCACUGUGAAUGUAUUGUUAAGAAGUCAAAGGGGAUCCAGGCUGCGCUGAGCUUUGUGGUGAGACCACUGGGUUGCCAGAACUGGGAUGUAGCCUCUGGCUUUGGGAAUGUGCAUUUUUUGUGGGUUUCUUGCUCUGUUCUCAUGAUGUGAAAGUGUGUAUGUGGGGGGGGAGAAGGACAAAGAGUUCAACCAGCCAUGCUUCCUUCCCCCCUGGUUUCCUAAAGGAGUUGGAACUUGGUAUUUGACAAAUAAUGGCAGGCAGAAUGCAUCCGUGCUGGCCUGAAGUCAGAAGAGGGCUAAAAAUCUUGGAGUGUAGAUGGUUAUGAUACUAGGAUUGAUUUUAUGAGGGGUGGAAAAAUGCUUUGAAGCUGCCUAUUUGUGUCUGAAUAAACCUGGCUUUGUCAUUUCAUGCUCAGCCUGCAAAGCUGUGUCCUGUUCCCCUCCUGGCUUGCUUUUCCCUGGGGUUGACCACUUGGCCAAAGUCAGCACGGAGUCUCUAACCAGGCAGAACUGAUGUGCAGAUGCAAAAAUAACCUGGGGUUUGACCAAGAUGUUUCCAGCUGGGUAGAACUAAAACCAGCUUUAGUGCUUGCUCAGCAUCGGAGCCAAAGUCUUUACACAACCAUUGAACAGAUUCCGUCCCUCGCUGUCAGAUGCCGGAUUCACUGGUACAGUGGGAUUCAUGUGACCUGGCUUUGCAGCCCCUGCAUCCUCCAGGAAGGGGCUGUCAAGUCUCAGAACUCUUUGCUUUUUGAGCAGUGACAUGACUUUGCCAGGGUAGGAGUGUCCUUAACACAUGGGUACCUUUGCAUCUCUGUAUUUUUUGCCUUAACCCUUUAAUUCACUUGUACUUAAUGGGGACGAAACUGUAGAUCCAUUACCCAUGGACAACAUUUGCCCUGGGAUAACAUGAAAUGAAGUGCUUUGGCUGUGUGUUUUGCAUCCUUCAAGGUGGCACUGGGAGGAUGGAGGGCAGGGGAUGAAUGGCAGCAUUGAAAGGGUGGUGAAGAAAAGCCAGUUUGUUCCUUCUUACACAAGCUGGACCUUUGCAGCGGCCACGGGGGAAAGCCGGUGACUUGGCAGGGCACUGCAGGGCUGUGGUGCAGAACGGUGCCAGGGAGGGUGUGGGGUGUGAUGGCAUAUAAGCGAGUCGUGUUGCUUGAAUUUAAGGGCUUGCCCACGUUGGUCUUGCUUGUAAGCCCUCCAGGCAAGGGCAACAGGGAAAAAUAAAGCAGAAUUUAAUAAA